GCGGGGUGUGUUCAAAGCCAUUGGGUGUGUGGGGGUGAAAGUGAGCCCCUCUGUCAUUGGCUCUGGGCCUAAUGUCACAUUAUGCGUCUCAUUGUGUCUUUGUGAUGCUGAGGAGUAUAAAUGCAGCCCUCUCAGUGUUCUCACACACACACACACACACAUACACACUCCUGCAGACCGCCGAACUGAAUCCAACAGCACCGGGACACGCCGCGAUUCAGCAAGUGGAUUGUUCUUAAGAAGUUCGAGGAAGUGAUUUCAAGAUGGAUUCUGAUGCAAGUUCCACAUGCAGUCGGUCUUCUUCACCUGACCUGGCCGUGGACUCCAGCUUCUUCUCCAACAAGAUGUUCCAAGCUUACGGAGAAACGGGGCAGCCCAGGUCUGAGAAAGUUUCCGGACGGCCGCAGAGCUCCGACUCCAGCGCCAAGAGCCACGCACGGGCGGAUCGGCCCAAAGACGACCUGCAAGAUCUACGACUCAAAGUGAACAGCCGCGAGCGCAAACGCAUGCACGACCUCAACCAGGCUAUGGACGGGCUCCGGGAGGUGAUGCCCUACGCGCAGGGCCCGUCUGUACGCAAGCUCUCCAAAAUCUCCACCCUGCUCCUCGCCAGAAACUACAUCCUCAUGCUGUCCAGCUCUCUGGAGGAGAUGAAGAAGCUGGUAGGUGAUGUGUACGGAGCAAGCGCUCAGAGUCACUCAGCUAGACGGGUUUUACCGCCGACUUCGGCGGCUCCGGCGCCCCAGCUGCAGCUGCUCUCGCUUGCCCCAUCGCUGCACUCUCUGGUGGGCAGCACCUCGGCUUCGACCCCGACCGUGGCUCAAGCCCCUCACUCUCCACCCUCGGCCGGGUAUCUGGGCUUCCCCGCUCCACACCUUCCCACCCUGCUGAAAGACCCUCUGCAUCUCUCCAGCGGAUACAGGCAUUUCCCCGGCAUGCCUUGCCCCUGCUCCCUCUGCCAGCCUCUCCCUGCUUCCACAGCCAGCCUGCACAGCCUCUCCAUGGGGAAGUGAUUCAGGCGAGGCUCAGGCUGGAGUAGGCCGAAGACUCAAAAAGAACUGAAAACAUCUGGAUGUGUUUCUAGUUGUGUUGUAUACAUUGUAAAUGUCCUGUACAGAAUUUGGUUUUUCUAACAAGCUGCUGCUAUUUUUGUACUGAAGAGUGUUUUGUAAUGAAUGUUAUAGCCGUCUGAAUGCGUUUUUUAAUACUCACUGUAUGAACACUGUAUAGGCUUGGAUGUUCUUUGUAGCAAAAUGGAGAUUGAAAAUGUAUAGUUUUGUUUCUUAAAUUAAACAUCUAUUAUUAUAAUGAAAAAUA